ACGCAAUUCCCUAUUGGUUCACUUCUCUUCUUAUAAACCCAAAACAAAUUUUCAUUUCAGAAAACCUUAUACUACUUUUACAUUUACAUUUAUAUAUAAUCUUAUUCUUAUUGCCUUUGAUUACACACAUGUGGUUUAAUUUUAAUAAAUGGCUGAUCCUGAUCCUCCUAGUAAUUUAGACCAAAACCCACCAAACCCAACUAUACAAGUCCCACAACUUGACUCUUCAUCAUCAACAAUUCACCCAUAUCAAAAUCUUUCGUCUUCUUCUUCUUCAACAACCAGUCGAUCUCCCAGACCCGUUUUGUCUCCUGGUGGGUCAUCGGGUCAACCAACAGGAAGGCACCCUACUUAUCGUGGGAUUCGAAGCCGGAGUGGCAAAUGGGUAUCUGAAAUACGUGAGCCACGUAAGUCUACUCGUAUUUGGCUUGGUACGUAUCCCACUCCUGAAAUGGCAGCCACUGCUUAUGACGUGGCGGCUCUUGCUUUGAAAGGUCCUGAUACUCCGUUAAACUUUCCCAAUAUGAUUCUUUCAUAUCCAAUACCGCCUUCUACAUCAGCCAGUGACAUUCGAGCGGCUGCCAGUCAAGCUGCUGCCGCCAAAAAAGAGAAGCCGGAUACGGAGUCAACUCCGGAUCCGGGUCCUACAGAGAGUACAACUUGCAUGGCUCCAGGUCAGGAUUUUGUUGACGAAGAAGAUCUUCUGAAUAUGCCUAAUUUGCUAGUGGACAUGGCAGAAGGAAUGCUAGUCAGUCCACCCAGGAUAAACCCACCGUCUUCAGACGAUUCACCGGGUAAUUCAGAUGGAGAAAGUUUAUGGAGCUAUACUUGAAUUGAUUAAAGUUACAAUGGAAUUGAUAGUUAACGCAGAGUGUAUAAGCGUGUAUAUGACUAUAUGUUG